AUGUCGUUGCGAGUGCGCCGUCAGGAGGUGUCCUGCCGCUCUAAGGAUAUUUAUCUUGCACCAGCUGCAGGUGCCAAGGUGUCGCAGGGGUCUUUAAAUUUGACAUGGAAGCCCGAUUGCAUCAAAUCAAGCAAGUUUGAUGUGUAUAUCUACUCCCAGCACCAAUCCAGCUCCCUCCCUUUACAUGCAUGGCUCGGUAUCCCUUCUGGCCCUGGCGCCAAGUCGCUGAACCUGCAGUCUUCUUGGUGGAAUAGUACCCAGGAUUUCCUUGUUAACUUGCAGUUUGUCCCCAGCGGCUCGCAGCCCUGGGAAUCUCCAUACCCCCUCAGUCCGUCAUGGACCAUGGCCUCUGGUAGCGGAGGUGGCUCUAGCUACGACUCGUCCGCUGCGUACACGAACAGCAAGGUUACCGAAUAUGACCACCACUCUGGCCUUUCCACCGGCAGUCUUGCGGCAGCGAUUGUCGUCCCUAUUGUCGUUGUACUAGCAACUCUGGCAGCUAGCUUCUACUGGUGGCAUAAACGUCAUAUCCGCCGUGAGACAGAGCGUAUCAUACAAUCCUCGCAGGCUGCGUCGACGACAGGGGCACCAUCGAUGAUGUAUGGGUCCGACAUGUAUGCAUCGGGCCCAGGCACAGUUGUCUCUUACGGUCAAUACCCACAAAAUUCCUCCACGGCUACCAUCUCCUCGGACAACAAGGACACAGACUCUUUGGGUAUCACUGACACUACUAUGUCGUCGGACGCGGGUGUAGCUCGCGACGUCGCACCUACGCCUGUGCCGAAAGAUGAAACGAAGACCCAGAAACGCCAGCGCAAGCGUAGGUCAUCGAGCCGCCGAGACUCCAGGCAGCGUGGCACAAGCUCUCUGGGCCACUCGUAUGUUUAUGAUUAUGACCGCCCACUCUCUCCCCGUGCCAUGUCGCCCCGCCUUAUGGACAAUGUUCUUCCCGCUACCCGUGAAGAGGCUGAAGAACAGCGCCGUUCGACGGCUUUCCGCAGCCAACCACGCUUCUCUGUCCUGGAAAUGGGGCAACAUACUGAUGACCACAGCGAUUUUGGGGCUGGCGCCUAUGAACUGCCAGCGUCAGAGCGCCCCCCUACACGAACAAAGUCCCCUGUUCUGGCUCCUGCUGUAACAGCCAAAGAUGGCUUACCUGCCGUCGCUAUGGUACCUACGGGUCCGCAACCUCUUCAACCGGAAAGAGAGCCAUUUACGUUUAUGGAUGGAUCUGGGCAGCGCCGUGUCUCAUCCACAAUGGUUGGCUCUCAUUCUCGCGAAGAAAAGGUUCUUUCUUAUCUUGCUACCAUGCAAGGCACGAACGAAUCAAUGGAUACUUCUGCUGAACGUCGCAGGUCGACGCAGCGUGCAUCUAUGGGAAGCCGGUUGUCGCUGGACAGCGAUGCUUUCCAAGAUGCUUUUAGUGAUAUGGACGCGUUGUAA